CGCCCAUCUAGUAUUAAUUAAUUCCACAGCCAAAAGACUCGGACACCCGAGGAUUCUGCAUUCUCCUCGGCUUUUUCAGCGUUUGUGCUUUGUUCUCUUCGGUAAUCUUCGCCGACCGACAGCGACAAGUCCUCCCGCGAUAAAGAGAGGAAUCGCGCAAGUCGCGCACGACGUCUGAUAAUCGGACGGGUGUAGCCCGACGCCCUGGGCCCCUGGGAAACGAUUAAGUGCCCAGACACACGGGUUUCAUACUGGUGUGAACGUUAGUUCUACGGGUGACGCCGGCCGCCUUGGAGAGCCUCGGAGUCUCGAAAUCUCCUAAGGCCCCACAGGCAUAGUACGCGCGACCAAGAUAUUCUUUCAGGUUGAAAGUUCGUUCGCUAUAGUUUCUAGUGCAGUACAAAAACGGUUCGUGAUUUAUCGGUACUUUCUUAGUUUGUGUUGUGUUCAAGUUGAAAGUUUAAAUCGACACUAAAAAGUUCCGCGCAAGAAAAUCCGACAAAAAAAACAGUAUGUAUCGUAUAUGUGACAAGCAAAGUUCUCAAAGUUUAUAAGUAAUAAAGUAUAAAAGUUUUUGAUAAAAGAAAAGUUGUCAAAAGUUGUGACAUAAAAAGUAUGUUCGACACGAUAUGGAUCGCGCGCGUUGUGCCAUCAAGAGCGAAUACUUCACAGGCUCUGAUUGACACAGGCUGAAAUAGUUUCAACAACUAUGUCCGACUCUGGUACAGAGAGCACUUCCUCGGAAGGGUACGACGGAGAUAGGAAUCGACUUACUAUCACGGAUGAGGUGACAUCGUCACGCUAUUCGCAUCAUUCCUCGGGAUCCGAACGACGAAAGUCUGCGGCGAGUUCUAUGACGUCCGGGGGAAAGUCACCUCCUGGAUCGCCAUUAUCAGGCGCGGACUCUAAAUCGCCGAGAUCCACUCCGUUAUCACCGAAAUCGCAACGAUCCGGAAUAAUGUCUCCUAGUGAAGAAGGUUCUCCAAGAUCGUUGCGUAGUUUAUCGAAAUCUUCACCGCCAAUGUCACCGUCACCCCUGUCGCCAACAUAUCUCAAUCCUGCAUCGCCGACAUAUCGACCAUACGAGUCACCAAAGUCUCACCAUUCGGGAAACAACUUUCUCGAGUCACCUCGGUCGGACCGUAGCUCAUCCCGAUCUCCCAUACAGGACAAUGGAUCAUGUCUUUCUCCUCCGAACGAUUCCAAAUCUAUGCAUUUUGAAGAUGCCGAAUCGAAAGCAUCUGAUUUCGAAGUGGAUACACAAAGGUCCGCUGAUAACUCAUUAAAAUCAUAUUCAUACAAAAAUAGCGAAUCCAGACAAAGUUCACCAAAAUCGCCCAGAUCGGGUCCCAGUUCUGUAAAGUCCUUGAUAUCGGCGAGGAGUUCACCAAAGUCGUUCAAAUCUGGUCCAGCAUCUCCCAUGGAUGAUCAAGAAUCGGAUAAACAUUCGCCAGCGCAUUCAGGUCCUCGUUCUCCCGAAGAAGACGAUGAAGAGAAAAACGGUUCAUUUAACGAAUUGGACGGCGAACAAAUCUCGGAUGGAGACAUCGAGGAUGAACCAGAGACCAUGUCUAAAUCUAAACCUACACCUAUUACUCAUGGCGAGGAUUUAUCGGAUGUAUCGGAUCUUGAAAGCAUAGAUGGUCCUGAGGAAUCUACUGAACAAAAUACAGAAAUACAUAAGCCUCAAGAACAGGAUGCGAAAAAAGAAAUUGUUAACGAUGAAGAAAAUAUAGAAAAAGAAGAUAAAACUGCACCAGUUGGCUUGACGGAAGAAAGUGAACAACUAGACUUUGAAGCCGAUGGUCAAUGGAAAGACGAACGUGAUGAAGGUGAAACUGAAGCGUCAGGUACAAAAGAGAUUAAAGAAAAUACGGAAAAAGAUAGAGACAAGGAUAAAGACAAGGACAAAGUGAAGUCAAAAGAAACCAUUGAAAUGAAUGAUAAAGAAGAGGGAGAGGAGGGAGAAAAAGAAGAAUCUGAAUUAGAGGAAGGAGAGCUUAGCGAUGGAGAAGAUGCACGACCGGAGGAGACUGAACCGAGACCCGUGUGUCGUUUCUAUAAUCGGGGACAGUGUACGUGGGGAGUUAGCUGUAGAUUUUUGCAUCCAGGAGUAACGGAUAAAGGUAAUUACACUAUGUUCGAUAUGGUGCGACCUAUGGCAUAUCCGCCACACGCUGCCACGCCACACGAAUAUAGACCGCACAUCGACAGACCGAAUAUUCGAUCAUUACCCGGUUAUGGUGCUCCUGCACAUACACCUAAAGUGGAAGAAACGCCAACUGAAUCUGCCUGGGAACGUGGUCUGCGCCAUGCUAAAGAGAUGAUGCGUAAAGCGAAUAAACGCAAGGAAUCAGACAUGGACUUUGAAGAGAAGAAAAUGAACUUGAGUUUAGGACAGGAUGAACUGGAUAGAGAAGCAGGAUAUUACGUAAGACCUGCUAGUCCCGAGCCGCCGGUUGAAAGAUGGCCACAACGCGAAGUACCACAACGUAGAGUACCAUCGUCUAGACCUACGCCAGACAGAUAUGUCGACGAGCCUGAGGGAUAUUAUCCUCCAACUGUGUCAUCCGAUUAUUAUAGGAGAGUGCACUAUAAAGAUUCUCGCGAGUAUCGAGAUCGUCUCGAUUAUCAUGCGAUUCCACGCGGCGCGACGUCAGCUUCUCCACCACCGCACGGUCGCGACCGAGAAAGGGAACGAGAUCGUGAGCGCGACAGAGAGCGAGAUUAUUACGAGAAGUAUGAGAAGAAACAUAAACGGCCAUCACGGGAGGUUAUUGUAGAACGUAUCCCGCCGACGAAACCUUGGCGGGAAGAGGAACCACCCCCUGUCGAAAGAGGCAGAGGCGAUGAAUGGGCGGAUCCGUGGAUGCGACGCAAGUCUCCGAGCACCGUGCGUCGCAAUACGUCAUCGCGCCGAUCUCGCCGACAAUCAUACUCUUCGGGUUCAUCCUAUUCUUCAACGAGUUCUAGCCGUAGCUCGAGCCGUUCUAGCUACAGUUCUUACGACUCCCUAUCCAGGUCCCGUUCACCAUCACCUCCAGCUAGAACCCGUUCCACCGGCAAAAGCAAAAGUACUGUUAUUACUUCACCACCCUCCAAUCCUCCUGCUGUGACCGCAACUGCUCCUCAACGAGGCGCCAUGCUAAUGAAUCCCCCUGCUCCAUCUCCUCGCCCACCCAAAGGAUCUAUCUCUCCUACAACGGGUACUUUGCAUCGACGGGCCGGAUUGAAUCCACCAGCUCCAAGCCCAGUCACCUCUCAUCAGCGUCAUCAUGAAAAAGCCAGAGAGCAAAAAGCCGCUAUGGCUGCGGCUGCUGUGGCCAAAAUCAUUAAAAGUCGCUCGAGAUCUAGACAAAGAAAAAGAAGGGAGAAAAAAGCACAUUCUAAAUCGUUUCGCAGUAGUUCUGGAUCGGAGAGCAGUGGAAGCAGCAGUGAUUCGAGCGAAUCAAGUUACUCGUCAUCCUCCAGCGAGGCACGUAGAAGGAAAGGUUCAACACCGCCGAUAACACGUAAAGAUUCCAAAGGCAUCGACGCUUUGAAGUUGAGCGGUGCGAAGCAACAGAUUAAACUCACGCUGAAACCUGCGAGCAAUACCACAGCAGUAAAAAAGAUCGAUCGUAGUGGGCUUAUGGCAGGGAAAAAACGAGCUCUCGAGUCGCCGCCGUUAAUCGACAGUAAAGCGCAAGUAGCCGCGGCGGCGGCCAAGGCCGCCAAAAAGGUUAGCUCGCGUCGUGAGGAGUUGUUGAAGCAAUUGAAAGCCGUAGAAGACGCGAUCGCGCGUAAAAGAUCAAAGGUUUAAAGAUCGAUCGAUGAAUCUUCAGUUAAAUACGUAUGUACUAAACGUUUUCUAGAUAGAUUGUGUAAUUAGCAUCAUCAUCAUCAUCACAGAAUAACGAGAUAUGCAAAGUAUGUUCAAUUGUGUUGCUAUACACAAGCAAAAACACGUUCUCAUUUUUAGAAAAUACUGAAUCGAACUUUUAAUUAUUCUUAUUUUAUUUCUUCACUAGAAUUCUUUUGUUCUGUUUUUUUCUUAAAUAAACAUGUAAGCAUAUAAGUAGUACUGUACAGUCUCGCCCUGAUUUUUGUUUUAAUAACAGCUAAAUGAUUAUUUUUAUGUAAAAUUUAAAAAAAGAAAAAAAUACAUUAUGCAGUUUAUAUUAUGUUUAUGAUUCAUACCGCAUAAAUACAAAACAUUUUGAUUCUUGAUGCACACAUGAUGCACAUACAUGCACACAUAAUGCAAAAUUUAUUAUAUUAAAUAUCAGUCAAUUUUGAAUUCCAUUGAUAUAUACAUAUACUCACGAAAAGAGUUGCACAAUUGCGAUAAAUUACAACAUUUCUGAAAAGACAAAUCGACAAAUCGACAAAGUGACAUCAAUCGAUUGUAGAGUUCUCAGAUUACAAGAUCCAUUUUUGCCUCGGUUACAAAAUAGCAAUUUUUUUUUUCUAUUCCUCCGUAAACGGAUAAGUCUCACAUUUUAUUGAUACCGAAAGUCGAACCAGCUGACUUUAUAAAAUAUCGAUCACUCUCAUUCCUGUAGCAUUCUUAUUUGCGGCCAACUGUCAUGGACAAUUUCUGUGUCUGACGUACAGCGAUUGUAAAGUUACACAGCCGAUCCCGAGUAACGAUCUGAUAACCGAGGGAUGUUGUAUAAAUUGUCAUGUCUGUAUAAAUAUUUAUUCUAUAUUUCACCUUUAUUCUAACAUAAAAGUAUAGUAUUAAAACUAUCAAGUAGAUUGUCGAAGAUUCCCAUGUUGCCAAUUGUGAGAAUUACUUUGCAAUUGCGAAUUUCACAGACUUAUAUAUUAGAAAUAUAUAUACAUAUAUAGAAGUCUGCGAUAAACUCAUAUGCAAGAUCUUUCAUGAAUGUUGCACUUUGUUACAAGAGACUAUCGAAAACUACAUUCUAUAUUGAAUAUAGAAAACGCUAAUAAAUCAGAUUUCCAUGAAGCAGACAUUUGUUAGUAGAAUCGAAAAAACAAUGCUAUAAAUCAAUACAAUAUAGUGCUAUCAUUUUCCAUUAAUGAGUGUAAGAGUACACAAUUCAGCAAAGGAUAAAAUUGGUGUAACAAAAAUAGCAUUUUUGUUCCAUUGUUAUGAGAUAGAGGUUUUUUAAGAAAGAAAACUAGCGACAUUAUAUGAUAACAUAAUUCAGAAUGUAAGUCCAGAAAUAAAGAUAUAUAUUUUCUUUUAAUGAACUAGAGAAACAUCGACAAGAACUCGAUGUAAGUGACUAAUGACCUGCGAUAUUAACGGAAGAAUAUGAUUCCAAAAAAAAUAGAAGAGUAUACUAUCUCUACUCUCUCUUUCUCGUAAAUAAAGCGAUUGUAUCACGCGCGAGAAAGGAAGAUUUCAUAAUGGAAACUAUAUAUAUUUUGUACUUUUCUUCCGUACAUAUAGUAUGACAUAUAAACUAUGCUAAUUUCAUGCCAAGCAGCCUGUUAACUUAAGAAACAAAUGCUUUGUUAACAACAGACUUUAUUAAAUAUAAGUUACAAAACA